UUUUUAAAAUCCAGAAUAAAAUAAAUUGCGCCUAUGCCCACCGGAAACCUCUCUCAGGCGGUCAGGCCAACUUAAGGUUUCUAGUUCAAUCGGAGCUGGACGAUAAUCGCACCGUAUUUCGAUAGAAAGCAGCAAAUUAAAGGGAGUGCAUACACUAUUUAAACCGUCAUGUCGGUCACGGCCGGUGUUAGUGAUGUUGCCCUGGCUGUUAGGGAUAAGCUUCGAGGUAAAAUUGGCCAAACUAAAGUGAAAAGGUAUUGGCCGGGUAAAGCGCCCGAGUGGGCGGAUGAUGCUGAUGAAGAUGAUAAUAUAAAGACGACUAGGGCAGCUGGCCUUGAGAAAGCUUUUCCUGCUCAUCAAGAUUCUGAUGUUGCUAGAAAAGAUGAUCCUCGGUUGCGGCGUUUGGCCAAGAGUAAAAUUGAUAACCGUGAGGAAGUUAGAGCUGAUCACCGGCGUAUUCGACAAGCUGAGAUUAUUUCCACUGAAGAGGAGGAAAUUCGGCAACAGGAAUGGGCGGAUAUGGAGGAAGAUGAUGAAGACGCGGUGGAGGAAAGGAGAAGAUUGAUUAAGGAGAAGUCACGGUUGAGAGAGCAAGAACAAACUGUUUUCCCUCCUGAAGAAGAGGAGGAAGAAGGAGAGGAGGAGGAAGAAGAGGAAUCUGAAUAUGAGACUGAUUCUGAAGAGGAAAUGAUGGGUAAAGCCAUGGUAAAGCCCAUCUUUGUGCCAAAGGCAGAGAGGGAAACCAUAGCUGAGCGUGAGCGUCUUGAGGCUGAAGAAAUAGAGCUCGAGGAAAAGGCGAGGAGGAAGUUGGAGGCGAGGAAGAUCGAGACAAAGCAAAUCUUGGUCGAGGAGAUUCAGAAGGACGAACUUAUCCAGAAGAAUUUGGAAUUGGAGGCAAGUAUUGCUGAUGUUGACACUGAUGAUGAAAUCAAUGAGGCUGAGGAGUACGAAGCUUGGAAGGUGAGAGAGAUUGCAAGAAUUAAGAGGGAUAGAGAGGAUCGUGAGGCAAUGUUGAAGGAGAAGGAAGAGGUCGAGAGGGUGAGAAAUAUGACAGAGGAGGAGAGGAGAGAGUGGGAGAGGAAGAAUCCCAAACCUGCUGCACCGCCAAAGCAGAAGUGGAGGUUUAUGCAGAAAUUUUAUCACAAGGGUGCUUUCUUCCAGGAUAAUCCUGAUGCCACUGCUGGAUCCAAUGACAUUUACAAGCGUGAUUUCUCUGCCCCAACUGGAGAAGAUAAGAUGGACAAAUCCAUAUUACCCAAGGUCAUGCAAGUUAAGCACUUUGGUCGUAGUGGAAGAACUAAAUGGACCCAUCUUGUCAAUGAGGAUACUACAGAUUGGAACACUCCGUGGACAUAUAAUGAUGCUCUUCGUGCCAAGUAUAAUACAAAAAUGGCUGGAAUGAAUGCUCCUAUCGCUAAACCUAAAGGAAGUAAGAAGUUGAAGGACUGGGAGCAGCGAUGAACUUUCGAAUCCUCAGUUUUGAAUCCCUAAUUUCCUAGAAAUGAAUGUAUUACUACGCACAUCCUGUCCUUUUGGUAUAAGGUUUUGAAUUCGGAUCAGUGAAAUCUACUUGAGAUGCAGAUUUAUCUGUGUAUAUUUGUUAUGAAGGAAGUUGCAGGCACUUGCGUAACGGGCAUCUUUAGAAAAAGUAGCCACCCCUGUGCAAAGGGGAUGAUGUUCUUAUGAGUUAUUACAGUCCAGUGAUUUCAUGCUCUACUUGGUUUUACCAGUUAGCUUAUGAAAUUUGCCUCUAUUUAUUAUUGAGGCUAUAUAAUAUCAGGAGCAUUUACAUUUUA